UCUUCUUUUCCUUCUUCCUCUAGUUACGUACCAUUGUCGGAUCCAUGGCUUGCAUUGAGGACCAACAGCCUAAUUUCAAGCACUAUUGUAGAGUAUGCAAGAAGGGUUUUAUGUGCGGCCGAGCGCUUGGCGGCCACAUGAGGGCUCACGGCAUUGGGGACGAAAAUGGGAACCUCGAGGACGACGAUCCCGCUAGUGAUUGGGAGGAUAAGCUUGGGGAGAGGACUAGUAACAAGAGAAUGUACCAAUUGAGGACAAAUCCUAAUCGGCUAAAGAGUUGUAGGACUUGUGAGAAUUGUGGCAAGGAGUUUGUGUCUUGGAAAUCAUUUCUCGAGCAUGGCAAGUGCAGUUCGGAUGACGCCUCUGAGUCCCUCGUCUCCUCACCUGACCAGUCCGAUGGUGAGGACGAUGGUGGUGGACGACGUGGAGGGGGGUGGUCGAAAAGGAAACGGUCGUUGCGAUCAAAAGUGGGGUGUCUUAGUUCGCACUAUCCACCAAGUGAGGAAGAUGAUCUCCUUCUUGCUAGAUGCCUGGUGCAAUUAGCUAACACGAGGGUGGAUCCACCAGUGGCCGUUGAGCCGGAGGAGUCCUGCGCCUCUGCCAGCCGAGAGGAGGAACGGCGGCACCCUACGACAUUUCUCGGGCAAACAACAAAUAGGGCAGCCUUUGAUCAGAAGGCAAAGGGAGUUUCCAGCCCGAGAGGGUUGUUUGAGUGCAAAGCAUGCAAGAAAGUGUUUAAUUCCCACCAAGCAUUGGGGGGGCACAGAGCAAGUCACAAGAAGGUCAAAGGUUGCUACGCAGCCAAACAAGAUCAAGUAGAUGAGAACAGUAACUUAGCAGCCGAGGAUGAUGUGAUCACAAACAAUGAAGAAUUCUUGCCAUCAAAAUCAGCCUCAUCUCUACAAUUUGAACAGGGGCCUGCAGCAUUGGUGGGAGCUGCAAGGAGGAAAUCCAAGGUCCAUGAAUGCUCCAUUUGCCACCGGGUCUUCACUUCGGGUCAAGCCCUUGGUGGGCACAAGAGAUGCCAUUGGAUCACCUCCAAUGCACCAGACACAUCAUCAUCUUUACCCAAGUUCCACUUGCAAGACACCAACAACAUGGAACCCGCAACCAAUAAUCAUCAACAACAGCAACAGCAACAGCAACAUAAACCCAACACCGAUGCAUCCGAUAAGCUGGACCUCAACGUUCCGGCUUGGGCCCACAUGUCGGGAGUGAGGCGGGACCCACGCAACCCCUUGAGCUUCGAGGUAUCCACGGACAUGCAUCUACAACCGUGGAUCGGAAGGGACAACCGAGACAACAACAGCGGCCCGCAUUGCCACUCCCAACAGUUCCAACUAAAAAACGAAAACGAAAACAACAACAUUAACAAAAGUAGUGGGAAGAAGAACAAUAGCAACAACGUCGUGAGUACUAAGAAGGCGAGCGACAGCAAUAACUACGUGGAGGACGAAGCAGACAGUAAAUUGAAGUUAGCGAAAUUGAGUGACUUGAAUGACCUGAAGGAGAUGGACACAAGUGGUACUGCUUCCUCUCAGUGGUUACAAGUAGGAAUUGGGUCUACAACUGAAACUGCUGGUGAUGCAUAACAUAUAGAUUUUGAUGAGGAAAACCCCCCCGCGUACAGAUACAAAGAAAUUAAUGUAUACUUUUGUAAUCCAUACACUGUAAAGCUUCAAGAAACUACAUUAGUAAUAUUGUCUAUCUUGAGAAUGUACAAGAUACAAUGAAACAUCAUUUAAUUAAUGUAGGUCUUUUUGUUUUCACAAGCUGAUCAUAUGACCUCAUAUAUCACUUGUUUCCACGUCUUUUUUUUCUUUUUCUGGAGUCAACCUUCUCUCUCUGUCUUUCUUUUUUUCUUCUUGAGACGAUC